UUGUCUUAUAAAUUGGUAGAAUUAAAAAUGGAGACAAUGAUUGCUACGAGUAUUGAUGAUCUGAAAGACAUCAAGAAAUUUUAUGAAGCGAAGCUAAAAUCACAAAUAUCCUCUACAAAAACAAUCACUUUCGUCUCUUUCUGUCGGACUUACUGCUGAGGAUCUGACAAAUCAUGGAGAGACAUCAGGAUCUGAGGAGUCCUAGCAGUAAUGAUGGACAGGAGUAGGAAAGCAGCCCUUAUACAGGUUUAUAACACCUCAUGAAAGAGCUCUGAGCUCGAACUCAUUUUCGAAAUCGAGAUGUACAUCAAUUUCUCCCAAACUUUUAGUAGGCUUGACACUGCUGUGAAAAAUAUUGUCAGUUUUGUGUAUCAUCAAAGAUAUUUCGCCUUUGAGUUUCCAAAUGAAAGCCAGGCGAAGUUCUUCAUUAAUGCUGUGAAAUCUCUAGAAGAAACUGAGAAAUCCUAUAAAGAACUUAAGAAUAAACUCAAGCAGCAGAAUAAAAAUAUUGAGAAAGCCAAUAAGAAAGGCGGCUUCUUCAGUGGCAUUAAGAGCAUCUUCAAAGGUAAGAAAAAGGUAGAGCAACCCAAAGUUACUGGAUUUAAGAAAGAGCAGGGGAUUAGCAUGAACCAGUUCCUUAUUGAGACCACUAAUGUCUCUCCAGAGAUUAAAGAUUCUUAUGUUAAGGUUAUGCAACAGAAAUUGGAAAAUGCUGGAAUUAAGAAGAAACAUCUUAAAGACCCGAAGUUUAGAAAAGAAGUCGAGAAUAUUAUUAAGGAACAUGAAGCAGAACUGACCACAAAUCAGGCUAUGGGAGGGGGAUUUAAUGAUCCAAAUGAAGAAAUUAAAAAUCCCGAUGAUAUAGUUAAGCCAAAAUCUCAGUCUGUUCCUACUAAUUUAGCCCCUCCUCCACCACCAGCUCCUGGACCGACUGGUGGAGGAGUUCCUCCUCCACCAGGAGGUAUUCCAGGUCCUCCAACCCCGAUUUCUUCGUCAGGAGCUCCACCACCACCUCCUGCUCCUUCUGGAGGGAUGAAGGCUCCUCCUCCACCUCCUGUUGUCAACAUGACUAGGACAAAGGAUGAAGAAGUAGUACUUAAAGAUGCUAGAAGUACACAUAUAGAUAAGCCAGAAGAUUCUAGACCAAUGAGCUUACUGGAGGAACUCCAGAAUGUCCAGCUGAAGCCAGCCAGUCGUGUUGAAAAACCCAAAGAAGAUAAUAUGGAGAGUAAAUUACAAGAUCUACUCAAUGCCAGGAGAGAGCAACUGCAUAAAGAUGGUAAUUCUAGUGAAUCAGACUGUGAUGAUGAUGAAUCAAGUGAUGAAUUUGACUAAGUGUCCAUACAAAAUUUGUAGUUGAGGUUUCAGUUGAGGUAAC